CGGAAGUUUUGAAUCCCGUAGCUGAGAGUUGUGAGUGGUGUCUGUUCUCUAUGGUUGGAUUUAAGAGUUGGGAGACAAAAACUAUCCAGUUUACCUCCACAGCAGUGAACCGGGGUGAAGCUCUCUCCUCUCCCGCCCGUUGAGCAGAUGUCCGGUUUCGACCUCGUCCCGGUGGACGGCGGGGAUCCCGUCCACCUGCCGCCCGGGGAGACGGUGUUGGGCAGGGGGCCGUUACUGGGAAUCACUGAUAAGAGAGUGUCCAGACUUCACGGGCUGCUGGAGAACCUGGACGGACAGCUGCGUCUCAAACCGACCCACCUGAACCCGUGCUUUGUUCAGUCGUCCCUGACCGACGAGCCUCAGCCUCUGCAGAGAGAUACCUGGUACCCUCUUCAUCAUGGAGACUUGUUCUCUCUGCUGCCGGGCCGCUUCAUCUACAAAGUGGUGGCCAUGGGUGAAGAGGACCGCACUCCCAGAAACAGUCAGAUGUUUGAAGAAGAAAAAGAAGAACUGCCAGUUUCUCCAAAGCCAGAUGCAGAACAACCUCUUCCUCCUCCUUCUCCUCCUCCUUCUCCUCCUCCUGUUGGACAGACUCCACCUCAUGAGGAGCCGACACCAGCAGCUCCGUCGGACCAGGAGGACGCCGACGACACAAGUUCAAACAAGGGAGACUCUGCACAACCAAAAGAAGGAGACGACGACAACGACAACGACCAGAGAGAUGUCACUCCGCCUGUAACCAAGAAAAGAGUUUUACCUGCGUGGAUGAUGGCAGCUGCAGCAGCUGCACAGAGUCUGUCCUCCUCCCCCAUUCAGACAGCUGCGAAGAGAAGUAGAGGAGCUGCAGCGUCGACCAGCACUAAAGGAGCGGCAGCCAAAAAGGCCACGCCCACCAAGACCUCCUCAUCUGAGGGGGCAGAGCUCAGUGAGGAGGAGAUGCCGAAGAAGAGGAGAAGGAAGAUCAGUGAUGAUGAAGAAGAAGAAGAAGCAGCUCAGUCUAAAACAGACGUUCCUUCACAGCGGCCCUCCGUCCAGCGGCAGAGGGAAUCCAAGAGGCCUGAGGUGAGCGACGAGUCUGACGGCUUCACCGUGGACGUGGACGAGGAGGGAACAGGAGGGGAGACAGCUACAGCUGACCUUAACACCACGAGAAAUGGACGACAGCAGACUAAACAAGCACAGUCCGUCAGCAGCUCUGCGUCUAAACCUCAACUCAGAACGCCGUGUCCAUACGGGAAGGACUGCUACAGGAAGAACCCGCUCCAUUUCCAGGAGUGCAGUCACCCCGGUGACACUGACUAUGAGGAGGAGGAGGAGGAGCAGGAGGAGACCAAGGAGGCAGACCGACCCGAGUGCCCCUACGGCACUGACUGCUACAGGAAAAACCCUCUUCACAGGAAAGAAUACAAACACACAAAGAAACCAGCUCGCACUACACGAACCGCCCCCAAAAAGACGCCUGCUGAUGAUGAAGAUGAAGACGAGGACUUUGGGGACGACGACAGCUUCAUUAAUGAUGACAGCGAGGAUUUGGGCGAUGACUCAGACUACGUCCCUCCUGGCUCAGACGACAGCGGUAAGGAGGACAUCAAAGGACUACAGAAGGAAGCGAAGGCCUUUGUGAAGAGGAGGAAGUAGAUACAGACCUCCUUUCUCUUCUUCUUUUUGUUGUCUGUUUUAAAGCUGCACCAAACAGAGACAAACUAGUUUUAAUUAGCCUACAUCAGCUGCAGCAGCUGAGGCCUUGGCACAUUCCUGUGCAGGUGGAAAGAGUCCAAACACAUGGAGGAUGUUGUUUGGAUCAGAUUUCAUUGAACCCUGCCGGGCUGCUUAUCAUACUACAAUCAUGUUUUCAUACUCAGUGUCCAGUGGACAGUCUUUACAGGUCCAAACUGACCGGAAGCUGUCCACAGAAGCGAAGCAAUGUACUGCUGUGGACGGGGGCAGCAGCAAAAGGUAUUUUAGCCACCAAAAAAAAAUCGCUAUCAUUUUAAAUGUGUGCUAUAGUGAGAAUGUUUUCACAACUUAAGCUUGGUGUCAGACAGCCUUCGACAAACCAGUCAUUUUACCUUGCAGAAUACAAGAGCUGUUGCCUCAGAUGGUAAGUUUGUUUGUGUGAUUGUCUGACUUUAAUGUUUAAAAGGGUUAGUUUGGAUUCACCAAAAUCACACAAAAAUAAGAAUGAUCCAAUCGAGGAGGUGGUGGACGAGCAGCUCCCGUGUUCAGUGGGUUAAAAUUACUGGUUUUGUCAAUGGAGCUUUGAAGGGAGCAGUUAGAUGCUGAGUUCCCCAUCAGAAAGGUGAAGCGGUGAAAAUAUUCCAAUAUAUUGUAGUGUAGGUCCAGCAGGAUUUACUACAAGCGGAUUGACUGUAGAAACAGGUGACAUCCUUUACAUGCUAAAACUAGCCAUCGGCAAUUUGACCAGCUGAGUUGCAGGUGACACUGUCAGACUCAAGCCGGUCAAUGUGAGUGUGAAUGGUUGUCUGUCUCUAUGUGUCCGCCCUGUGAUAGUCUGGUGACCUGUCCAGAGUGAACCCCGCCUCUCACCCAAUGUCAGCUGGGAUAGGCUCCACCCCCCGCGGCCCCUAACAGGAUCAGCAGUUAUGGAAAACGAAUGAAUGAAUCUCCACACUCCAUCAGUACGAGCUGUUGGUGUAAAAACUACUGAACUGUCGUCGAGCUUCCCUCAGGUGUGUUCGUAUUUUCAACAGAACUUUUGGAGCAUUGAAAGCCGUAAAUGGGAGCUUCUCAAGAGACUCUAGCUCCCAACCUUUUCAGCACCGUGGCCCUUUUUUUAAAUCAACAGAUCUGUGUCAGCACACGUACAAUAAACCUGACCUGAGACCUGACAGUGAAACACAAGCAGCACGUUGAGCUCUCAGCUCUGUCGCCUCUCGUCCGUCUGCUUACGUCACAUUCAAAGAAUUCUGAGUUCAUUUUCUUUGUGCUUGCAGCUGACAACGUGUAAAAGCUGUCAGGUGUCUUCGCAGGUGUCGUCAUGGCAACGUUAAACACUACAGUGGACCGCAGUAACUUAGGCUGAUUAGGGAAAAUGUGUUUUUGUAUGAGAGGCAUGCCUCAGUCAGCUUGAAAUGCAAAUUCAGAUUAAGAAAUGUUCCCACGACAUCAGCUGCAGCGGCUGUUUGCAGAAGGCACACAAAGGAGUUGACAAACCUGAGAACACCGACAGUGUCUCUGAACAGAUCAUUCUCAGUCAUAUUUUAUAAGAUUUUUUUCAUUCAGAUUUUGUUUCAGAUGAAGCUCCACCUGUGUCUGUUCAGGAUCGAUUCUGCUCAUGUAAAUAUGUGUAACUGAGGAAUUCAGGAGCAGAUUUGUUACAGUUGUUCCUCUGAUUUGUUCUGACUGUUUUUCUUAUGUUGUUUAAAUACAUCCAAUGGAAACAAA